AUGCUAUGGUGUAGUCUGCUAUGGGGCCGAAGGACGUAUCUCGUAGACUAUACCAGCAAGACCGCCUCUUCAGAGGUGGUGCUGCCCGCGUCCACGCUGCCGCUGAGCGCGCGGCCCGCGUCGGCGUCGCAGCUGGUGCGGCGCCAGCUGGAGCUCUCCGCGCAGCACAAGCGCCGGCUGAGCUUGCGAUCGACCUAUAAACUCAACAUCUCAGUCUGCGACUACAAGUGGUCGGACUUGCUAGCUCUCUCGCACCUCUGGCCGAACGUUCAAGAAAUUAUCGCAGCGUAUAAUAGGAUCAAAAGUAUUACACCAGCAGUAACAACUCUCCGUUCACUCACAAUACUCCGCCUGGAUGGUAACCCAAUAGAUUCGUGGUACGAAGUCAUGAACCUAGGCAGACUGAAGAACCUACGAGUGCUGAGUCUCAACGACUGCCGCAUACAGGAGAUCAGGCUGAGCGACGACCCGGAAAACAAAGUGGACAUAUUUGAGAACUUGGAAACGCUGUUUUUGAAUAGAAACAUGAUUAAAGAUUGGCGAUCAAUAAGUGAACUGGACAAACUAAAAAAGCUGAAGAGACUAUAUUUCCUGAAGAACCCGAUACAAAACACAGAAGACUACGACACCGGCUCACAACUGAUUAUAGCGAAAAUUGGAACACUGCAGGAACUGAACGGAUCAACAAUAACGCGUGAGCUGAGACGCGGCGCCGAAUACGAUUACAUGAAGCGAGCCGGCGCCGAUUGGAAGCAAGCACAGAACGACCCUGCAUUAAAAUUGGCCUUCCAACUGGAGCACUGUCGCUUCGAGCAGCUUAUCAACAAAUACGGCAUUCCAGAAGACAGCUUGCUAGUAAAACAGACGAAAACAAGCACACUCACAUCUCAACUGCUAGAAAUUACACUCCGCGACGACACCGGCAAAUCAUUCAAGAAGAAAUUCCCCGCGACCAUGGCAGUGCAGAAACUGGUAACACUGGCGCAAAGACUGUUCUCCAAAUCUGGCAACACUGGAACGAAACUCUAUCUACUCGAUGAUCAAAUGAACGGCGCCGAAAUACAUCUUGAUAAUGUUAUGAAGGAUCUAGCGUAUUUCUCGAUUAAAAAUGGCGACAUCAUUGUUGUGAGGUUCAGAUAAAUUAUUUUUUUCUUCUGGCAAGGUACGGAAGGUGUUAGGUUUGGGUUAUAGAUAUGCUUUUGGCACAGAUUCUAUGACUAA